AAAAAGAUAGAGCAAGAACAGAACCCCGAGGCGAGGGUGGUGGAGUGGUUGAAAAUCUUUAAUUCUUGUUGCUUUUGUUAAUCUAUAUCUCUCUGUUUCUUGCUUGUCUGCAAAGGAAGUAGUGCUGGGUUGAGUUUAAGAUAAGAAUAAUUUUAGAGAGAGAGAAACAGAGAGAGAUAAGAGGAGAGAGACCCAAUGCAGUUUCAAGAAGAGAGGUUUGGGAUUUGAGGCAAUUGCCAAUGCCGAUGUCGAGGCAACCCUUCAAUUUCUACAACCAUCGCCCAAUGCUGAGCCAAUCCUUCGCCACUCACCACCGCCAUCUCUUCGUCCUUGUUCUCAUACUUGUAUCUUCUGCUGCUUCUGCAGCAAAUAGUGAAGUUGAUACUCUUCUUUCUUGGCUUCACAGCUCGCCCUCAACUUCUUCAGUUUUCUCUAACUGGAACCAUUUGGAUCCCAAUCCUUGUAAGUGGUCUUACAUCACUUGUUCUUCUAAGAAUUUUGUCACUGAAAUCAACAUACAAUUUGUUGAUAUGGCUCUUCCUUUCCCUUCAAAUCUUUCCUCCCUUCUCUACCUUGAAAAAAUAAUUCUUUCUGGUAUUAAUCUCACUGGAACAAUCCCACCUGAUAUAGGCGAGUGCUCUCACCUAACAGUGCUUGAUGUUAGCUCUAAUAGUCUGGUAGGAAGUAUUCCUUCAAGUAUUGGGAAGCUAAAAAAUCUCCAAGACUUGAUUUUGAACUCUAACCAGAUUGCUGGGAUUAUCCCAGUGGAGCUUGGUAAUUGUACCAAUCUCGAGAAUCUUAUCAUAUACGAUAACUACUUGAGUGGGAAUCUCCCGGCUGAACUAGGGAGACUAUCAAAUUUGGAGGUCAUACGAGCUGGAGGAAACAAGAACAUUGAAGGAAAGAUUCCAGAUGAGCUUGGAGAUUGCAAGAACUUGAAAGUUCUUGGUUUAGCUGAUACUAAAAUUUCCGGUUCCAUUCCUGCUUCACUGGGCAACCUAAGCAAUCUUCAGACACUAUCAGUGUACACUACGAUGCUCUCCGGUGGGAUUCCACCCCAGCUAGGCAACUGCUCAGAACUCGUCAACUUAUUUUUGUAUGAGAAUGACCUCUCAGGUUCACUGCCACCACAGUUGGGCAAACUUCAGAAGAUGGAGAAGAUGUUACUUUGGCAGAACAAUUUUCAUGGGACCAUUCCUGCAGAGAUUGGAAAUUGUAAAAGCUUGAAGAUUAUUGAUCUCUCAUUAAAUUUUUUCUCCGGAGCCAUACCACAGUCCCUGGGAAGCCUCUCAAAUAUUGAAGAGCUCAUGCUUAGCAACAAUAACAUCUCUGGUUCGAUCCCAUCUGUUCUUUCAAAUGCCACAAAUCUGUUACAGUUGCAGCUUGAUACUAAUCAGAUAUCGGGCACUAUUCCAGCAGAGCUUGGUAAGUUGACACAGUUAACAGUCUUCUUUGCCUGGGAGAACAAACUUGAAGGAAGCAUUCCCUCAGAGUUGGGUGGUUGCAGGAGCCUUGAAGCCUUAGAUUUGUCACACAAUGCACUCACUGGUAGCUUACCUCCUGGCCUAUUUCAGCUGCAGAACCUAACAAAGCUUCUCUUAAUUGAUAAUGACAUUUCUGGUUCAAUUCCUCCGGAGGUUGGUAACUGCACUUCUCUAAUUCGCCUUCGGCUUGUCAAUAACAGAAUCAGUGGGGAAAUACCGAAAGAAAUCGGGUUCCUCAAAAACCUCAGUUUCCUUGACUUGUCUGAAAACCAUCUUGAUGGGACGCUGCCAGCAGAAAUUGGCAAUUGCAAUGCGCUACAGAUGCUGAAUUUAAGCAACAAUACCCUUCGUGGCACUUUGCCGAGCUCUUUAUUUUCCCUGACAAUGCUUGAGGUAUUGGAUGUUUCUGUGAAUCAAUUUGUGGGUGAAAUUCCAAGGGGUUUUGGUCAACUUAAUUCACUCAAUAGACUCAUCCUCAGUAAGAACUCCCUGUCUGGGGCAAUUCCUUCCUCUCUUGGCCAUUGUUCGAGCCUUCAACUGCUUGAUCUUAGCAGCAACACACUCUCUGGAAUGAUACCGGUGGAACUGUUUGAUAUUCAAGGUCUUGAUAUUGCUUUGAAUUUGAGUUGGAAUGCACUUACUGGGACAAUUCCACCGCAGAUUUCUGCACUGAACAAAUUAUCCAUGCUUGAUCUUUCACACAAUAAACUGGGAGGAGAUUUGAUGGCACUUGCUGGGCUUGAAAAUCUUGUUUCUCUAAACAUCUCUUACAACAAUUUUACUGGCUAUCUUCCUGACAGUAAGAUUUUCCGACAGUUAUCAGCAACAGAAUUGGCAGGGAAUCAGGGAUUGUGUUCUAAGGGUCGAGACUCAUGUUUCGUAAGCAAUGCCACAAUGAUGAGCAUGCCAAACAACAGCCACUUGAAGAGAUCACAUAGACUUAAACUGGCCAUUGCAUUGCUCAUCACCUUGACUAUAGCAAUGGCAAUUUUUGGAGCUAUUGCAGUUGUCCGAGCUCGGAAAAUGAUAAGAGAUGAUUGCGAAUCUGAGAUGGGAGGGGAAUCAUGGCCUUGGCAUUUCAUUCCAUUUCAGAAGCUAAAUUUUUCAGUAGAACAAGUUCUGAAAUGCCUACUGGAAGCCAACGUAAUUGGAAAGGGAUGUUCAGGAAUUGUGUAUCGGGCAGAACUAGAAAAUGGGGAAGUCAUUGCAGUGAAAAAGCUGUGGCCAGCAACAAUAGCUACAGCACAUCAUAGUCAAAAUGGCAGGUUAGGAAUUGGGGGAGUUCCCGAUUCCUUUUCAGCAGAGGUAAAAACCCUUGGUUCUAUCCGUCACAAGAACAUUGUCAGAUUCUUGGGUUGCUGUUGGAAUCGAAACACAAGAUUGCUGAUGUAUGACUAUAUGCCCAAUGGUAGUUUAGGCAGUCUCCUUCAUGAGAAAAGUGGGGGUUGCUUGGAGUGGGAAGUGAGAUACCGAAUCAUCUUGGAGGCAGCACAAGGUCUUGCUUACUUGCACCAUGACUGUGUUCCUCCAAUUGUUCACAGGGACAUCAAAGCCAACAACAUUCUCAUUGGCCCUGAAUUUGAACCGCACAUUGCUGAUUUCGGACUUGCCAAGCUUGUUGAUGAUGGAGAUUUUGCUCGCUCUUCCGCCACUAUUGCUGGAUCCUAUGGUUACAUCGCUCCAGAGUAUGGAUAUAUGAUGAAAAUAACUGAAAAGAGCGAUGUGUAUAGCUAUGGUGUUGUGGUGUUAGAAGUACUAACUGGGAAGCAACCAAUUGAUCCAACCAUACCAGAUGGGCUUCACAUUGUAGAUUGGGUAAGGCAAAGGAGACGAGGGAUUGAAGUGGUAGAUCCCAGUUUACGGGCUCGGCCAGAAUCUGAGAUUGAGGAAAUGUUGCAGAUCUUAGGAGUGGCUUUGCUAUGCGUAAAUCCUUGUCCUGAUGAUAGGCCUACAAUGAAAGACGUGUCAGCAAUGCUCAAGGAAAUUAGGCAAGAGAAUAGGGAGGAGUGCCUGAAAGUAGACCUGCUUCUCAAUGGAUCUUCAGCUAACAAUCGACAGGAAAAUAGCAACAAUACCCCAUCAGUGAUGAUGCAGCACUCAUAUCCUCAAAGCAAUAAUACAAGCUUUUCUGGAUCUUCAAUUUUACAUUCUUCUUCAUCCAUGGCCAAAGCUACAUUCAAAUAAUCUGUAACAGAUUGUGUUUAUUUAUUUAUUUUUCUUUCUUUGGUGAAGUUUAUGUAUUACUUUAGAUAAGAAGAAUCCCAGUUCAGAUUCAGAA